AUGGGCAACGUCAUGUCGGCUAGUUUUGCACCAGAAUGUACUGAGCUAAAGAAAGAGUAUGACAAUUGUUUCAACGAGUGGUAUAGUGAGAAGUUUUUGAAAGGCAAGUCUAUUGAGAACGAAUGUUCCAAGCAAUGGUAUGCGUACACUAGCUGUGUUGAGACAGCGUUAGUCAAGCAAGGGAUCAAGCCAGUUCUUGAUGAGGCCAGAAAGGAAGCUCCGUUUGAGACAGGAGGAAAGAUCAAAGAGUCUGAGCCAAGCAAAUGA